CACAAACGUUACAAAAUGCUUCGAGUGUGAUCUAAUUAGAUUUGAAUCUGAAAGCGGAUAAAACUUUUUUAUGAAAAUGGACUUUCAUCACGAAUGAUAUCCCAGGUAAAUGGAAAGGGGAAAUUUUAAGCAAAUGGAGUAUUUCUAAUUCAAGAUCGAAAAAGAUCGGUGAAAAUGAAAUCAACACUUUUACCUACCACGGCGAUGCAAUGAAACGAACUCGCACUAUGUUCAAAAUAAAGUUUACGACAUCCCCAUGUGUGUGGAUUACAAUCUACAUAUUACUCGAGUCGUUAAGCGGCAGCCUUUCCGCAAAAUCAGUUCCCGAUCCAGACUUCAAGUGUCCUCAAAUAUUUGGUCUUUUUGCGGAUCCACUGAGCAAAGACUGUUGCAAUUAUUACAAGUGCAAGAAAGGUAUUCCCAAACACAAACGGUGUCCUUACAACAUGGUGUUCAAGGAAGGGAGGUGUCGGUGGAGGGUCGAGGGGGACACUGAAUGCAAGCCCAUGGAAGAUGAGAUGCCAAAACGAUGUUCAAAGUUUGCUGCAAGAACAGGAAAAAUUAAUGUGGAUUACGGUUGCGAGUAUCAAAGAUGUGUUAAACACGAAAAUCGAUUAGUUUGGAAAACAUUUGACUAUUUGGUAUCAAGAGAUUGCUGUGCCCAAGUACAGGCUAAAGAGAAACGCCCGCAUUUAUGUGAAGCUCUUCUUAUUAAGACCAACGAGGAAUGGCUUGAAGAAAUGGGGCUUAGCGAAUACAAGUGUCCAAAGAGGCGAGGUGUAUUUCAAGCGACGACUCGAUGUAAACGUUACAUUAGAUGCAUAAAUUACAAACCGGAAGUUAUAAUAUGUCCAACGGGCCUUCUGUAUUACAAAUGGAAGAGAUAUUGUGAUUGGCCGGAAAACGUGCCAACCUCACUAUGUCCUGACAGAGACGGCCAACUGACAACGGUGGGAAUAACCACUCCUUCUGGAGCACCCACUACAAACGCAAGUACCGAGACAACAACUGCUGCGACAACGACUAGUGAUGAGAUAACAAAUAACACGCUGGAAACAAGUAAUGUGACAACUGCAGAAUAUACAUCGCCUUUGACCGAUAGAAGCACAGCGAUGACUGAAGAAAUCCCUCAUCCAACGCCAGCCUCUGAUAGUAGUAACAUAAGUAUUACAACAACAGUACCAAGUGACAUUACAUCAAAUAGAACAGAAGCUACAUCUGACGAAACAACAGUUGGUGUUACAACGCAGUCGACUGAAAUACCCAAAAGUACAAGUGAAUCUAUAAAACAAUCGACUGAAACAUAUAAUGUUACAAUUGCAAGUCUAAAUAGUACAAUAGACUCAGUUACAGGAAUUAAUAGUACAGUAACACCGUCUACUGAAAUACUCAAUACUACGAUAGAAGUAAAAACAUAUCCGAGUGAAACUAUGACUGAGUCUACCGAAAUAACUAGUGAAACAACUACAAAAAGUAUAGAAAAAUUUAAUAAUACACAAUUUCCAGAAACGACUUACAUAAGAACAACAAAUACACCAAUUACUCAGGGCACAUUAUUCGUAAACUCAACGUCCGUUAUAACGGAAUUAAGCUCUAUUUCAACACUGCCCCUUAAUGAUACAACAACUUCACGAACAGCAGAAACAUCCCCAGCAGUUCCUGAAGUAGGCGAGGGAGCUACUUGCGACAAGAAAGACUUGUUUAGAACACAUACUAAAGGGUGCCUUAAAUAUAUUUGUAAAAUUGUUAAUGAUUUUAGCAAUGCCUGGACUCUGAAUAGCUGUGUUGUUAACAACACUUGUUGCAUUCGAGCAGAUUGUGCGGGUUUCCCAAAUUGUGCAUUGUUUUUACAAGAACAAAGUGACGCCCUUUGA